AUUUCCCCUUAAAUUGUGCAUAGCCACGGAGAGCCCGGAUCGCUGCAGUUUUCUUCAGUUUAUUGGGUGCAUUUGUUGGUUUACCUGGUGUCAGUUCCUUGCUCCUGGGCGAGCUCCCAGCCCCGCAGGAAAUAGGGAGCGCUGCCUGCUGCUACCGAGGCAAACAGGGAUAACUCCAGUGCACCUUGUGCCGGCAGCGGGACUGGAAUUCUGCGGGGCAUUCUCCUAGCACCGCACUUCCCUUCGGGCCCUUGCCUCCGACACCUUCCUGGCAGCCGUCUACGAGCACGCCGUCAUCCUGCCACACGCCACCCAGGAGCCCGUUCCUCCCAGCGAUGCUUUGGCCCUGAUGAACAAAAACAUGGAUGUCUUGGAAGGGGCCAUCAAGGAAGCUGCCCAGCAGGGUGCCCAAAUCAUUGUGACUCCUGAAGACGGCAUCUAUGGCUGGCGACUCACAAGAGAAUCCAUCUACCCCUACCUGGAGGAUAUCCCUGAUCCGGUGGUGAAUUGGAUUCCCUGCACUGACCCCUCAAGAUUUGGUCCAGCACCAGUGCAGGAACGACUCAGCUGCAUGGCCAGAAAUAACUCCAUCUAUGUGGUUGCAAAUAUCGGGGACAAGAAGCCGUGUGACUCCAGCGAUCCCAGCUGCCCCAGGGACGGUCGGUACCAGUACAAUACAGAUGUCGUCUUUGACGCACAGGGGAAACUGGUGGCUCGGUACCAUAAGUAUAAUCUCUUUCUAGGAGAAACUCAGUUUAAUUAUCCAAAGGAGCCAGAAGCUGUCACCUUUGAGACUCCUUUUGGGAAGUUUGGCAUUUUCACUUGCUUUGACAUCCUUUUCUAUGAGCCUGCCGUGGUCCUGGUGAGCAAGAUGCAGGUGGACACCGUGCUCUUCCCAACAGCUUGGAUGAACGUCCUGCCCUUUCUGACUGCAAUUGAGUUUCACUCUGCCUGGGCUAUGGGCAUGCGGGUCAAUGUCUUAGCUGCCAAUACUCACAACACUAGCAUGGAAAUGACAGGGAGUGGCAUUUAUGCACCAGCUGGAGCCAGAACAUACUCCUACAACAUGAAAACUGAAGAUGGUCACCUCCUCAUUGCUGAACUAGAUGCACACCCUCGUCUUUCUCCUGCCUCCCCACCUGCUGUCAGCUGGAACUCAUAUGCUUUGAGUGUUGAAAGAUUCUCACAGAAUGACCAUGAAUUCACAGGAAUCAUCUUUGAAGACCUCUUUACUUUCACAGAGCUCACUAAGCCUGGGGGGAAUCUCACUGUCUGCCAAAAAGACCUCUGCUGUCACUUGAGCUACAAGAUGGCAGGGAAAAGAGAGGAUGAAGUUUAUGUGCUGGGUGCUUUUGAUGGCCUUCAUGUUUUUGAAGGACAGUACUAUCUGCAGAUCUGCACUCUGCUCAAGUGCCCCAGCACAAGCCUGAGCACAUGUGGGCAGCCCGUGGAGACAGCUCAGACCAAGUUUGAGAUGUUCUCCCUCAGUGGCACAUUUGGCACCAGCUACGUCUUCCCAGAAGUGCUGUACAGCGGGGUGCAGCUGGCCCCCGGGGAGUUCGAGGUGCUGGCUGAUGGACGUCUGAUAAAUCGGAAUACUACAUCAGAGCCAGUUUUGACUGUAACACUCUUUGGGAGGUGGUAUGAAAAGGACCCUCCAUCAAAAGGACCCUCCAUAUCAAGCUUCAGCAUGAUUUCACUGCAGGUCCUUCUAGCUUGGAUCUGCUUGUUUCUGUACUGCUAAUUAAUCACAAAUAAUGGUAAUUAAUAGUAAUAUUCAUAAUUAAAAUAGCAUUCUAUUUUUCUAGUUGCCUUAUCAAAUGGCACAAUUACUGCACAUUGAUUUAUUGACUCGAUUUUGCAGCAAAAAUCAAUACACUGCUGGACCAGUGUGUAUGCAUUUUUAUAUGAUAGAUUUGGUUGGCAUUGGCUUGGUCUUAACAUUGGAAACAACAGAAAAUUAAUUCCUCUGACUUUACUGGUGUAGGAUUCAGUGGGUUGUGCCUCAAUAAAAAAGAGGUUUUAAUGAUUUUAAA